GAGAUGGAGGUGGAGCUGGGCUUACUUGAGAGUAAAUUAGGACAUCUCAAAGGGAGCAGCUCUUCCCUGAGAUGGAUCAUUACUCCCCCUAUAAAAAGGCCACUAUCUGCAUCUAGCAGCACCCUGUAAGCUGCUUCAGCCUCCAUCCUACUUGUUCCUCUGGUGUACUAGGUUAAUUAAAUCUCCAAAAAAGAUGCCUAAACUCCUACAAAGCAUUGUCUCUGUCAUCGAAGUUUUCUACCAAUAUGCCACCAAUGAUGAGGAGUGUGCCAUGUUGAACAAGGGAGAAAUGAAAGUAUUUUUGGAAAAUGAAUUCCAUCAAAUUAUGAAGAACCCAGAUGAUCCAGAAACUGUAGAUAUCAUCAUGCAAAGUCUGGAUCGAGACCAUAACAAGAAAGUGGACUUUACUGAGUAUCUUCUGAUGAUAUUCCAGCUGGCUCAGGCUUGUAAUAAAAUCAUCGGCAAAGAUUACUGCCAAGCUUCAGGGUCAAAGCAAAGAGAUCACAGUCACCAGCACCAAGAGGAACAUAGUGAAACAGAAAAGAAGAACAAUGGGGAAGAAUCGUCUUCCAGCCAUUCAAGGUGGAGUGCAGGAGAGAAUGAUUCCUAUUCCAGGAGCUCCAGGCCUCAAUCCAGCUCCAGAAGAAUUGGGCAUGAAGGAAGUUCAUCUAAUUUGGGACACAGGCAAAGCUCUGGAGAAAGAUGGAGAGAGUCAAACUCAGGCCACUUCAAGAAUAUUAAGAAAAAUAAGUAUGGCUCUCAUCAGCAAGAAAGGUCUGCAAGUGACGAAGAUGGUCACACUCAGUCAAAUAACUAUAGAAAAAGAUCACACUCAGCAAAUCAGUCAGGCGGUUAUGGAGAACAAGGGCAUGUUUCCCACUCAGAGGAUCGGUCUUUCAGUUCUGACCAACGUGGGUCUCACUCAAAUGAAUCUUUAGGAAAGAGACAACAUGAAAAUUCAAGUCAACAUCAUGGAUUCAGCUCAGGGAGUUGUGGAGGACAAGACAACUGGUCAAGUUCCAAUGAGCCCAUUGGUUAUGGUCAUGGGUCAGGCUCAGGUCAGUCUUCUAGCUAUGGCCAACAUGGAUCCCACUCAAGAGGUCAGAUCUCAACGACUGUGGAGAGCAUUUGA